AUGGCGAAAAGAUUGACAAAACCUACGAUUAAUUGGAAAGAGUUUGAUAAACUGGUGCCUCCUGAUCAAAGAACGAAUUUCUUAGCGUUCAAAGCGAAAUCAGAUAAUUAUCUUCGACGGGUUCAAGCAAAUCCAGCCGAAUUGCCAAAAAUAGAUUGGAAGAAAUAUGAAGCAAUGGUGCCGGUUGCUGGGCUGGUAGAGAAGUUUAAGAAAGAUUACGAAGGCCUCAAAGUCCCAUAUCCCGUAGACAAUUUAACAGCUACCAUUGAUGAACAGUGGAAGACGUUGCAACCGGAGAUUAAAGCAUAUUGUGAUAAUGCACAAAAAGAAAUAGAAAUAGCAACUAAAGAAUUGGAAAAGAUAAAGAGUCUACCGAAAUUCGAAGAUAUCACAAUGGAGAUGUUUUACGAUCUAUAUCCAAACGAAGCUUUAGAUCCUGUUAAGCGUCCAACGUUUUGGCCGCACGAUGAAGAAAGUCAACUUGGAUACGAAGAGAAAAAAGCGAAAAAAGAUGCUAAAGAACCGCAGAAGAAAAAGUGA